GCCCGCGGUCCGCGCCAGGGCCGCCGCUGGUUCGUCUCCGCAGGUGCCCCUGGCCCAGUCCGAGGCCUUCCUCACCGACCUCCUGGAUAAAGUGUGCGAGCGCAUGAACGACUACCAGCUCGACGAGGACCCGGUGACCAAGCGGAAGACUUUCAAGAGAUACGCGCCGCGGAAAGGAGACAAGAUUUACCCCGAAUACAAAAAGUUCUUCUUUUAUUCGGACGCCUACUGGCCUCUGAAGUUCGCGUGUGAAACUAUAAUAGAAGAGUAUGAAGAUGAAAUAUUCGCACUUAUCGCCCAGGAGGCACACUAUCUAGCUGACAAGCUGUGCAGUGAAAAAUCAGAUCUGUGUGGGACUUCUGCAAAUCAUACAGAGCUCUAGGAGAGAGGU